AGGGAUUUCUAUGUGUGCCAUGCUGCUUGUCUAGUUUGUUUCCCUUCAAUCUGUCCCGUCCGGGCCCUCAUCUCCCCCAUACUUUCGCGAAGGAGAUUGAAAUUAGUUGUCCGGCCCGGAUAUUUCUUUGUUUUGUGCGGCAUCUUGUUCAUGCACUGCCAAGUAGCUUUUUGUAUGGGGCACACUUAGUAAAUCUAUGAUCUCCAAUAGAGCGCUCAAAGGUUGUUUGUUUUUCAAACGGUUUAAUUGGAGGCAUAGAAAUUGACAUUUUUCUCAUCAUCGCACUAGCCCAGGGCAGGAAAAAACAAACGGUGUUUGAAUUCGUCACAGUUAUUGUGAUUUUUCUGUUUUAAAUUUUCUUCUUUUCUUUCUUUCUUAUCAAUUGUAGUAUGACCGAUUUAGAACAUAAUUACGUUACCUGGAGAAACAAGUAUUUGAGAGCAUAUGAGGAUACCUUGUAUGUUUAUUACAAGGAAGAAAAGGAAGGAUUAAAAGAAAUGACUUGCUCAGAAGCCCAUGGUUAUGGCAUGCUUAUUUCCGUAUCAAAGCGGAACCAACAAGAUUUUGAUGGUUUAUACAGAUAUUUUGCUCGGUUUAAAAACAGAAAGGGAUUGAUGCAGUGGCAGCAAAAGACAGACCAUCACGGUAGAUUUGUACCGGGCGAUGAAGGAGGAGAAAAUUGUGCUACCGACGGUGAUGUGGAUGUUUGUACUGCGUUAUUUAUAGCUGCCAAGACAUGGGGCAGAGGAGGUCCCAGCGGUGAAAUCGAUUAUAGACAUGCUGCCACGGAAUUAGCUGCCUCCAUCUAUCAGCAUUGCAUCAACCAUCAAACACAUAUGCCAUUGAUUGGCGAUUGGGCUGACCCUGGAGACGAAGCUUAUUUGUUAACUAGACCUAGUGAUUUCAUCUUGAGCGGCUACCUUAUAUUUUACUACGAGGAUGCACAGCGCAAAGAGGAAUGGGGUAAAGUGAUUUCGGCCAUUGUACAUACCAUCAGUGCUCAGCUGGCUUUGAACCCACAAACAGGCCUCAUUGCAGAUUUCUUGAAACUGGAUCAACACAGUGGACAAUAUUACCCAGCAACAAAACAAGUAUUGGAAAGUGAACACGAUCCUCAUUACAACUGGAAUUCUUGUCGUGUACCAUGGCGUAUCGGCCAUUAUUAUAUGCUGACCCGCGAUGAACGCGUGAGACCUAUCUUGGAAACGCAAGCGCAUUUCUUUGCGGGCCAAUUAGCACGAGGCGGCGGCAACGGUGACUGUGGAAUUAAAGCCGGUUAUCGAUUGGAUGGUUCCUGUUAUGUCGAUUAUACAGAUAUGGCCUUUGUGGCACCCGCCUGUUUCUUGUUCUGGCUCUUGGGUUGGCAAGCUCAGUUAGGCCAAAUUCAGCAAGAGAUGAAGCAAAUGGAAGCUACCUAUUUUGGUGAAAGUAUCGCCAUGCUAUGUUUGUUAAAUGCAAAUGUUCCAAUCUAAAUAUUUGUCAGUUGUCCAUUUUUCUUUUCUUUCUUUUUUAAUAUUAUAAAUUUUUCAUUCAUGGUUUCAUUAUCUAUCUUGACCUUGUUUUGGGCAAUAGCAACAGCUGUAAACGGACAAGAUGUCAUUCAAGUUGAUGUCCCCAACAAUAAACUCAUCAGUAAAGAUCUAUUAAAUAUUACAUACACCGUGAUCGGUGGUGAAAUAG